AUGCGGCUAGGAUUGGCGUUUGCGGUGGUCGUCCUCCUGGCGGUGGUGGCUGUUGAGGUGGCCGAGGCCGGCAAGGACUACUACAAGAUCCUUGGCAUUCCGCGCGACUCGCCCGAGAGAGUCAUCAAGAAGGCCUUCCGCGCAGCAGCACGCAAGCACCAUCCGGAUCGCUCCAAGCUGCCCAAGGAAAAUGCCGAGGAGAAGUUCCGCGAGAUCUCAAAGGCCUACGAGGUGCUGUCGGAUCCGGAGCUCCGCGAGGUGUACGAUCGCCACGGCGAGGAGGGCAUCGACCGGAUGAACAAUGGUGGAUCGCCCGGCGGCGGUGGCGGCGGUGGUGGCGGCGGCUUUAACUUUGAGUUUGGCGGCGGCGGCUUCAACUUUGGUGACAUGUUUGGCGGCGGGUUCGGCGGCGGCGGCGGCGGCGGCGGCAUGCGCAAGCAGGAGGCUACAGUGGAGCUCUCGCUGCGAGAGAUCUACAAGGGCGGCGACAAAAAGGUGUACGUCAAUACCGGCAGCGGGCAAAAGGUGGUUAUUCUCGAUGUGCCGGCCGGCAUCCGCGAGGGCGAGUCCAUCGAGUCGCCCGACGGCCGCAUUGUCUUUAACGUCAAGGAGAAGAAGCACCCGCGAUUCGAGCGUGCUGGCGCCCAUCUACACACCUCGGUCCCGAUCACGCUUCACGACGCGCUGCUGGGUACUACGGUCACGCUGCGUCACAUCGACGGCUCGGACCUCGAGUUCACCAUUCCGCCGGGCAAGGUUGUCUCGCCCAAGUCGAAGAAGACGUUCAAGAAAAAGGGCUUUCCCAUUGUCGGCUCUCGGUCCGGCCGGCGCGGCAACCUCAUUGUCACCUUUGACAUCGAGUUCCCGGCAGCAGACUCGAUGACCGACGCGGAUCGCGCGCUCUUUGCCUCGUCGUUUGGGGACUGGGUGUAUGGGAGUAAGGGAAAGGGCAAGUAA